CCUGAGCCUCUCCCCCGCAGACGACCCCACGAAACCGCCGAGGCAUCGAGUCAAUCCCCCUUGCCUAUCGAGAGAACUGGUCCAUUUUUGGAAGAGGAGGAUUAGGACCCAGACAAGCCAGAUGGUGGAGACAGAUUCCACUAUUCGAUCGAGUGGAAGGUGAGACUGAACGGCAAGGCCGAUGCUAACCAGUCCGAACCCAACAUAGUCGUUUUUUUCGACCGCUAUUGGAGGUUAGCUUCGCAAGACCGGCUUGAGGAAGUCGUGCGUAGGAGGUUUCCGAAGAAUCGACGAAUACAGCACGAGCACACCGCGGUGGUGGUCUCAGUCACGGAGCGUUCACAGCGAGACCUCUCCAAAGAAUAUGAGAGAACCGAGAUCGAUUGGGCCGUGGCGAAUAGGCAACUGACAAGACACUCCGGGCCAGACCUCUCCUUCAAUUUUGUGGAACAGAAUGCGCAGUCGGCAAGCCGGUCUGCCAGAAGAGGCGAGAGGAGAGGACGGACGUCAGCCAGCAGUGGCAUGCUGGCGCAGCGGGACUGAGAGAUGGCGGCAGAGGAAGAAGAAACAGGAGAGCCGCCCAUCUGGCCCGACGUGUAUGCAUUCAUGCACUAUCCGACGUUCUGUGAUUCGUGCCCCCACUGUUGGAUUGAGGACGCUGCGGGAACCUCACGAGCCUAUGCCUAGACUGUUGGACCUUGUGAACUACCUCGCUCAGCACUUCCUUCAACAGUUGGGCUCUUGUCCUGGAGAUGACUAUCCCCGUCAUGCGCGGCGAGCUCGGCUGACAUCUUCAACUCCUCCGCUGUCAGUCCGUGGCGUGUGUCCAGCUCUUCGCCUGCGUCCGAGUCCUCGUCCUCGUCCUGUGCAGCUUGCACAUCGCCGACGAUCGACAUAUUUCCAUCCCCAGUGUGUCGCCCCAGGGACUGUCGAGUCUUGUUGUGGUCCGGGGACAGGAAAAAGGAAUGGUCUUGAGCCAACUGUUUUCGGUCGCAGAUGUAACCCACGGGCGUGUGGGCGAAAUCUUGGCCUCGACCUCGGGUUCCGAGCUAGGAGUGAAGGAACGUAAGCAUCCGCAUUUCUCUCAGCUUGGCGGUGCGGACCGCCUUCGUGCACGCUGGGUCAUCUCGUUCGGUUGAAUCCAGCAUCUCCACCGUCUGAUGGUCGUGAUCUUGGCCGUCCGAACAUUCGAGCGAUGAUGCAUGCAUGGUGGUAGCUGGAUCGUCCUGAGAGGGGCUUGCAUCAUCGCUCGACAAUCCUAGAAAUGCACGGAUGGGGGCAAGUUCCUCGAAAGGAAAGUAGAGCCUGCCGGCGAAAAUACCGACCUGGAUUUUGAACCACAGGGGUGCUGCCCAGUCGGACGGCAGUGGGGGGACCGAGUAAUAGUUCAGGUCGUUGAACUGUGGCAUCUUCAGAGGGACGGGUGCCGCGUAAGUCAAAAGAUGCACCACCUGCUGAGGUGCCGCUCGGCACAACGGAAUGAGCUCUGCUGCCUCUUCAGGGCUGACCAGGACGGUAUGGUGCGUGGUCACACUCCACGGGACCCAUUGGACUGGACGCUGCCCGGAAGUUAGUAAGAAGACUUGUGUCUGAGGAGGCCACAGCACAGGACUCACCAGAAAGUCAUCAUUGAUCUUGCCGGACGGUAC